CUCAUCAACAUGGACAUGCAAGCGAAGCUCGAGGAAUGGAAAGAGAAGAAGAGGAAACGUGACGAAAACAGCAGCUCGAAGAAGAACAUUGCCACUGGAGGUCCACUAGCCAAGAAAGGACAGGUUGCAGCAGGACACGGGAGCACGAGCAAACUCCGGGCUCCGUCGACCCUGAAAACGGUGCCGACACUUAAGCAUGCCCAUGCGAGUAAGCCGCUAGUUGUUUCAAAUGCGUCGAACGGACGUAUCGUUGCAGCAAAGCGGACAAGUUCAUUAGGGACGCUCGCGCGAUCAACACCUCGAGUAGCUGUCGCUCCUGCAAGGAGUGGAAGGAUCAACGCAAGAAUGCUCAACCCAUCGACAAAAGCACCUCCUCCAUCUGCAUUCUCGUCGCAUGACGAAUCCAAGGACGCUUCCAUUUCAUCCGAUGCAUCAAACGUGGCAAGUGAAGCGUCAUCGACUUCCCCAACUAAUACGACCCAGACAAGCGACAGAGCUUCAUCGUACACUGGAUCUGCGUCGCUGGAACACACUCAUGAUGCUCCCCGACGAAUCCUCAACAAGAAGAGACUGUCCCAUGGGGAAGCCCAUUGGGAGUCCGACAUCGCAACCGCAAUAGAAGCAUCGACAUCCAAAUUGACGUCGAGGUCGAGUUCGUUACCCACAUUGGCAGUGCACCACAGUACUCAUUCGUCUCUGACCAAGCGGCGGCUGUCGAACGAAGCCAUGCUGGAUGCCCUUGCAAAGCACGACUCCCCGACCCGCGUUCUCCGCCGUGUGAGUCUGGACGCUCCAUCGUCUGUGGUGACGAAGCCAACAGAGGACCGACGAGCAUCGUACGAAGUCACCCCGUCGAAGCGUCGAUCAAGCUUGACCAGUGGGAAUGGCGGGGGGGCACUUCGAGUGCUUGCUAACAAACCUCCCGACAGCAGCGACGACGAAGACGACGAUGUCCUGAGCAGCAGCAUUCCCGAAGACAGGGAACUACCACAACACCAUGCACGGGGCCAGCUGCGAAGGAAGUCGUCGAGCUCGCGAUUAAGCGUGUCACGAGCGCCGUUUCGGACGUCAUUGGACCCUUCCGUUGAAGAGCAAAACCACGAUAAGUCAAGAGCGAAAUUCACGUUGGACGACUUCAAGUACACGGACAAGAAGCUCGGGUUUGGCAAGUUUGGGUACGUGUAUUUGGCCAAGCAACGGACCGCAGCUGAAACUGAAGUGGCGCUCAAGGUCUUGACCAAGUCCAACAUGGACGAAGUGGGCAUUCGUAGCUUGAAAAUGGAGGUGGAAAUCCAGUCGCGCCUCAAGCAUCCCCAUAUCCUCCGGCUAUACCGGUACUUUCACGAAGACUCGUUGGCGUAUUUGGUGCUGGAGUAUGCGCCCCAUGGCAGUUUGCAAAGACUCUUGUCGGACCAGCCACGGGGGUACUUUGCAGAAGCCGUUGCCGUUGCUUUCGUGCACCAAGUCGUGCGCGCCGUGCAAUAUUUGCAUGCUCGGCAUGUCAUCCAUCGCGACAUCAAGCCUGAAAACCUCCUCUUGGGGACACUUGACACGAUCAAAGUGGCCGAUUUCGGCUUGGCGAUCCAUGCGCCGCCCCCGAAUCGCAAGCGGCGCCACUUUUGCGGCACGCCAGAGUACAUGAGUCCAGAAAUCGUCGACCAUCAAGAGUACAGCGUCGAAGUGGACGUGUGGAGUGUCGGCAUUGUCGCGUAUGAACUACUCGUGGGACACACGCCAUUUCGCGGCGACAACGUCUUUCACAACAUCCAAACAUGGUACACUCACAAGCUCCAAAAUCCAGACAUGGCUGUGCCAGGGCUGGACGAGUGUGACCAUGUGUCCCCGAUGGCCAAACAAUUUGUGCACGGGUUGUUAGCUCCAGCCGCGACCCGAUGGUCACUAGACCAAGCGAUGCAACAUCCGUGGCUUGCAGGGGGUGCUAUCAAGCACCUGCCCGUGCCACGUGUCGACGCAUAACAUGGAAAAUCAAAGGUCUAGUUUUGUCAGAAACUAUAACCAAAGCA